UCACCACCGCCAACGCCCGCCGCACGUCAGAACAAGUCGUCGCUGUUCGACGACGACGAUCAACCUGCCGCUCGCAACUCCUCGGCCAACUCGGGCUUGUUUGCCGAAGCCAACAAUGCAGACGACGGUCAAUCGCCCUGGGACUUCCCUGCUCCCAAGAAGCACAACAGCACCCGUCAAAGAGGAGACUUGAUCAAGACACUGCUGCCGCCUAGCGACGUGCCCGAAACCUACGUCAACCUCUUCGAUGCCUUGUUGUCACAAAGCACUGCUCAAGGCGGUGUCACCUUGCGCCAGAUCAAGAGUUUGUUGUCAGAGAGCAGCAUUGGACACCCUGAGCAGUCUAAGAUUCUCGAGAUCAUCAGCGCCGCCGAUGCCGACGACUCACGUGUGCUGGGCCGCGGCGAGGUCAAUGUCAUUCUGGCUUUGAUUGGGCUGGCACAGGAGGGUGAAGAGCUUGGUUUGGAUGCCGUCGAUGAGCGUAGAAGACAGUUGCCAGUACCAAACCUUCCUUCUCUGACCGCUCCUCCCAAGCAAGAGCAGAAGCCACCUCGAACACCCACCGGUCCACCUCCUCAGGCAGACUCAGGUGCAACACAAUCCCAGAGCAUUGAAACUCCUGGCUUCGGCUUUGGCGACGACCCUUGGGGAAGUCCUUCCCUGCAUAAGAACCACCAUCAUGAAUCCGCCGCGCCUGCUUCGUACGCUCAGGCAGCUGCUCCCUCGUACCCCAAUGGCAGUGUCAAUGGUCGCGCAGAACCUCCUCACGUCCGCACAACCAGCAACUUCACUACGACCUCCGCCGCUGACAAAACCGAGUCGCCUACAGCUGAGCCUUCAUCCUUCGAGCAGUCGCGUCCUACGACAGCCGAGAGUGGCUGGGGUGGCUACUCUGCAUCCAAUGAUGGCUUCAAUACUGCUCCCGGAAACGAAGGCUUUGGUGAACCGCAAAGCGACAACAACCAGAUUUCGGGCAGCGUGAGGAGACCACUUGGCGUGUCCAGAUCUAGUGGCGCAACAGGUCCUGAAGAGCUCAUCACUGUCAACGUACUUGAAGAGAAGGAAGGAAUGUUCUUGUUCCAACAUCGUAAUUACGAAGUUUCCAGUAUCAGGAGGAACAGUCGUGUCAUUCGUCGUUAUAGCGAUUUCGUCUGGUUGCUGGACUGCUUGCACAAGAAGUUUCCUUUCAGACAGCUUCCUCUUUUACCACCCAAGCGUGUUGCCACUGCGGACAAUCUGUUCAUUGAAAAACGAAGGAGGGGUUUGGCACGCUUCGCCAACGCACUCGUCCGCCACCCUGUCCUGAGUCAAGAUCAGCUCGUCAUCAUGUUCUUGACUGUCCCUACGGUAGACGUUCGNGAACUUGCUGUAUGGCGAAAGCAGGCAUCCAUCUCUGUGCAAGAAGAAUUCACCGGCAAGCCUCUGCCUCCUGGUCUGGAAGAUUCGCUUCCUCAGAAUCUUUCUGACCUGUUCGACACGGUGCGAAGUGGAGUGCGCCGCUCGACUGAGGUUUAUAUCAACAUGUGUGGCAUGGUUGAGCGACUUAUUAAGCGUAACGAGGGCCUUGCGAGCGAAUACACCCGCCUUUCUAUGGCUCUGGGUACCCUCACUGAAUGCUCCGCCGACACCUACGCUAUCGACAACAAUGAAGUUGAGCUGCUGAACGGAGGUCUGAAUGGCACAGCUAAACACCUGUCGACCAACCAGACCCUUCUAGAGGAUGAGGCCAGAGCAUGGGACCUGGGUGUCUUGGAAGAUCUCAAGCGUCAACGUGAUGCUCUGGUCAGCAUGCGGGACAUGUUUGACCGUCGUGAUCGCUACGCACGCGACAACAUUCCCCAACUGGAACGCCGCAUUGCCACGAACGAGAGUAAGCUGUCAGGAAUCCGCGCACGACACGAGUCUCAAAUCAAGCCCGGCGAGGCUGAGAAGGUCGAGAGCGCAAUCGUCAAGCAAUCGAUAGUUGACCAGCAUGCUCGAGGUGUCUUCAUCAAGGAGUGCGUCCGUGAUGAGAUUGUUCACUUNCAAACCUCUCAAUACCACGUCAGCAGAAUGCACCAAGAGUGGUCACAGGAGCGCGUCAAGUAUGCCGAGUUGGGUGCAGAAAACUGGAGAUCGUUGAGCGAGGAGCUCGAGGCUAUGCCUCUUGGUGAU